AUGGGCCCCUAUACCGCCUCCUCAUGCUGCUGCCAGGCCCCUAAUCUGCCAUGGGCCCCUGUACCGCCUCCUCAUGCUGCUGCCAGGCCCCUAAUCUGCCAUGGGCCCCUAUACCGCCUCCUCAUGCUGCUGCCAGGUCCAGAGUCUCUCAUGGGUCCCUGUACGGCCUCCCAUUGCUGCUGUCUCCAUCGCCACACUCUGCCAUGUGCCACUUUCAGGUCUCCUCACACUGCUGGUGUGUUCCAUUUUUUGUAUAGGGUGCUGGCAGAUUACGGGCCUCCCAUAGCUGCUGCCAGGCCCCUAAUCUGCCAUGGGCCCCUGUACCGCCUCCUCAUGCUGCUGCCAGGUCCAGAGUCUCUCAUGGGUCCCUGUACGGCCUCCCAUUGCUGCUGUCUCCAUCGCCACACUCUGCCAUGUGCCACUUUCAGGUCUCCUCACACUGCUGGUGUGUUCCAUUUUUUGUCAUAGGGUGCUG